CAUUUUUUUGUGGCUCGCCUCAACCCCGGGAUGUGCGCGGCAGCCAUUUUGUUAUGUCUGUGCUCUUUGUUGUGUGUGAGUGAUGUCGUGAAAUAUUUGUGAUUUAUCGCGGAUACACUCCGUCUGGCGGGGGUUUAUAUUGACUACAAGAAAUUAGAUAUCACAGCGAUUCUAUAGGAAAUCUAAGGAUGUGUUUGAGUGAAAAUUAAGGUGGAUAAAUAGAAGAAGAAGUGCAGCUGGCUGAGUGGCUUCUGUGUGGACGGUUUUAAUGAUGUGAGAGUGAGCGACAAUGGGUCCUAAAGACCGGGACCGUGGUGGAGGGGGCGGUGGUGGAGGUGGGGGCAGUGGGGGUACAGGAGGGGGUGGUGGUGUUAACGCCAGUGGCAGUAGUAGCAGCACCCCCUCGGUUACCUCCGAAGAAUGGCUGCAGCGCCUCCUUACAGCCAUAGCCAAAAUCAAAUCUCAGAAGCAGCGGCCGAACCUCGAACGCAUCACCCAAACCAUGAGACAACUCUACACUGUGCCUCCAGAUAUGGUGGUCACCAAUCUCCAGGCACAGGUGGAUGCGGGCGCUAUCCUCUACAUCGAGAACAAAGGGAUAGAGUCGUACGCCGACCCCAAGAACCCGCCUCUGCGGAUUGGGCGGGUAAGUGUCCGCACGCCCACGGCCAGCUCGCGGGCGGCCGACCUGGUGGGCAAGGUGGUGCGGGCGGUGCGGGAGUUGGGUCCCGAGGGCGGCACGCUCAAGGACAUUAGCACCCACCUGCAGAACCAGGGCAACAGCACCUUCGAUGACCCCCAGGCACCCAACCUGGUGCGCCACGCCACCAAGCGAGCCCUCCAGCGGGGCUUCCUCGCCCAGAAUGGCAAGGUCUUCACGCUCGGCACCCUCGCCAAGCAUCGCAAGUCCUCGGGACGAUCUCCAGCUGCCAAAAAAAUAUUGCUGGGCGAUGACGACGACGAGGAUGACCUUGGCAUCUCGACGCACAAGCGCACGCUCAGCGGCGCCAGCGACUCCCACCUCCAGAACACGACGAUGCCAAUAUGUUGUGAGUGCUUGGGGACGGAGAAGAGUGUUAAUGGAGGGUUUGUGCACUGCGGGUCCUGUGGGUCCUCAGUUCACCCAAAAUGUUUACGUUUGGAUCCUUCUGCAUCUGUAAGAUUACAUAAACAAGGCUGGCAGUGUGAAGACUGUAAACCGUGCAUAGUGUGCCGGAAAACAGGGUCCGAGGUACUGGGCAGCCUUAUAUUAUGCAGCUCAUGUGAUGAUGGUUAUCACAUGAGCUGUGUUUCACCUCCCUUAGAGCAACGACCAACUACGCCGAGCUGGUGUUGCUCUAAUUGUACCAAAGGGCCGCAAGGCACCAAUAAUAAUAACCGUAGUAAUCCGGCCUCCCCCACGGGUAGUGUACAUGGUGAGGGAGGCACGUCUAAUAAUAAUUCUGCCGCCAAUAGAAAAGGACGAGGGAGAUCACGAAAAGGCCUUCAAGAUGCAACGGCGAGAAGUAGAAAAUAUAGCACCUCCUCUUCUAGUUCGCGGUCAAGAUCAGCAUCACGAUGGCGGAAGAGGAGCGAAAGUGACCAGCGCAAGGAGCCAGGCAGUGACUCAGAUGACAGUGAGGGUAUGCAUAGCCAGCUUGGCCCCCCCAAGAAACUUCCUAGUGACAAAUUAUCCAAAGAAAAGGCUAAGUUUUUCAAAAGAAGUUUUGGGGAAAAGGGCAAAUUUAGAGCAGCUAAGAGUGAAAUACGGGUGGAAUCUCAUGGUAAUGCGGGUAUCAGUGUAUCUAGGGCAACAAGGGACAGUGCCUCUGGGCACAGAAAGCGUGCAGAGCCAGGUAGUGAGCUCAGCUCCAGUGGGCCUGAUUCUACUACAGAUACUAGUAGUAGUGAUGAAUCUGGUGCUGAUGUGCCUGAAGUUAACUCAAGAACUGCUGGACAUGAUGGUGAAGAAUGCCCAUCUUUACCUUGUAGUCAGGGAAGUAAUAGUACUAGUACAGGAAGCAAAGUUCCUGUCAGAAAAUCUGAAUCAUUAAGUGAGGGUGAGGUAGACUCGGGGAGUGGCACCCCCCAUGAGGAGCGAAGUUCCUCAUCCACUAACUCCUCGAGUGCCAUGUUGGCAUCAGGACACCUCAGGGGUUUGUUUGAUGGUCUUAGUCACUUGUAUACACCAUAUGACUCUCGGAAGAGACCGCUACAGGAAAGACCAAAAUAUAAAGGACCAAAGAAAAUACUCAAGUUAUCAAGAGAUGGGGAAACUUCUCUGUGUGAUACUGGUGUCGAGGGUGGGACAAGAGUGAAUAACGGUAGUGAGGGUUCACGACGUAGCGGUGAGUGUAGUGGUGCGGGAAGUAAAGGGGGUGAAAAUGGGGGGGCAUGGUCAACAUGGGCGGCUCAUAGGUGGUCCAGCACCAGCAUUGGGGCUAGCUCAGCUGGCCCCAGUGCUGUCCCAUCAGCAUUGGCAGGGGCCACCCCUCUGGCAGCCAACGUGAGUGGUGGCGGCAGCCAGGCUCAGGCAACGGAUGGACGCAAGUGGCGCAAGAUGAGGCCCGAGGGCUACAGCAGCCACACUGGGGGUCAGGAUGCAGAGGUGAAUGCUGAAGUGUUGCUCUCCCCGCCAACAGUGGAGAACAAGGUUAUUGUGGAGAAGAUUCAACGCAAUUCUUUACCACCUGGUGUCACCGAGAGAGAUUUAGAUAUGUUUAAAAAAGCUCAGGAAAGAGCUGCGCAGGAAAUGGAGAAGAACCGGACAACAGUACAAGAACGAGACCCCUUUAACAUGUCCCGGUGUCCAGCGAGUAUAGAUUUUGGCCAGUAUGAUAUCCAGACUUGGUACUCGGCACCAUACCCCCAAGAAUAUGCACGGUUAACAAAAUUGUUCCUGUGUGAGUUUUGUCUCAAAUAUAUGAAGAGCAUCUCCAUGUUGGGUCGACACUUGGAGAAAUGUGUCUGGCGAACCCCACCUGGCACUGAGAUUUAUCGCAAAGAUGGUCUCUCUGUCUUUGAGGUGGAUGGUAAUGUUAGUAAGAUAUAUUGUCAGAACUUGUGCCUAUUAGCUAAACUGUUCCUGGACCACAAAACUUUAUACUAUGAUGUGGAGCCCUUUCUUUUCUACGUCCUGACCCGCAAUGAUGAGAAGGGCUGUCAUUUGGUGGGUUACUUUAGCAAGGAAAAACUAUCUGCACUCAAAUACAAUGUUUCGUGUAUCAUGACCAUGCCACAGUACCAGAGGCAAGGCUAUGGACGUUUCCUCAUUGAUUUCAGUUACUUAUUAUCCAAACGAGAAGGGCAACCUGGGACACCAGAGAAGCCCCUCUCCGAUUUGGGUCGUGUAUCAUACACUGCAUAUUGGAAGUCUGUUAUAUUGGAGUACCUUUAUCACGUGAAGGACCACAGUUCCUUUAGUAUUCAGGAUGUGGUGAAGGAGAAAGCCAUGUAUCCCGCUGAUGUCGCCUACACGCUUAAUAUCUUGGGAUUCUUUAAGAGAGACAUCAGUGACCAGAUGGUGGUUAGCAUAGACUGGACAUCAGUGGAUGAACACUAUCAGAAACAGCUCAACAAUCCUCGACGGUUGAGAUUAGACCCAGAGGCUCUUCGUUGGUCACCGCUACUGGCUGGCCAUAACAGUUCUCUCCAUCAAGACUCUGAUGAGGAGGAAGAAACACCAAAGGAUAGAGAUAUGAAGGUGGAGGAAAGUCAAGUUUUAGAGAACAGUAAGGUAGAAGAGGUGAAGGUGGAGCCUGUGAAAAUAUCAGAGAAUGUGACCCCAGAAGACACCAAGGAAGAGGAGGAGCUUAAGGAAGAGAAGGCAGUGGUACUUUCAGCUCCUAUUGUACCGCCUGCGUCCUCUACAGUAAAAAUCAGUCGCCCGCCUAAAUUAAAAGGCAGCUCAGAAAACCCUGUGUCAGUAGUUGAAGCCAAAGAAAGGGAGAAGGAGAACAUUAACAGCAGUAUUAACGAUGCUAAACAAAAUACCAUCUCUUCUCCGAGCAACAUUGACGAGAUGAAAGUGCCUGUAUCUCCUAAGGAAGAUGCUUAUGUGUUUAAGGAAGAAGAGGAAAAUGAAUUUGAUAGUAACUUUCGAAGCCUUAAAAGUGGGAGAAGAAAAUCCCAGACGUUAAAAGAGACCCAGUGUUCAUCAGAAAGACGACGAGCAAAGCGGGCAGGACACGCGCAAAAUGAAGAGAAAAUAGUAGCUGAAGAGAAACAGCUAGUUGUAGAGAAACAGUCGAAGGUUGAUGAACAGAGAACAGCAGCAGAAGACAAGACCAUAACUGUGGAUGAGACUCGGACUACAGUAGACGAGAAGAGAACAACUUUGGAGGAAAAUCUAUCCUCGGUAGAGAAAACAGCAGCAGAAAGCAAGAAGAUAGUUGUAGAUGGAAAGUGUACUAAAGAGGAGAAACGUUCCAAAGAAGAGAAGCGUACAUUGGUAGAAGAAAAACGGUCCAGAGAAGAGAAACGUACAUCAGUAGAGGAGAGACGUUCUAAAGAAGAGAAGCGUACAUCAGCAGAGGAGAAGCGUACCGCAGUAGAGGAGAAACGUUUGAAAGAAGAGAAGCGUAUAUCUGUAGAGGAGAAAUGUUCCAAAGAAGAGAAGCGCACAAUAGAUGAGAAACGUUCUAAAGAAGAGAAGCGUACAUCAGCAGAGGAGAAACGUUGUAAGGAAGAGAAACGACCAACAGUGGAGUUGAAACGUUCCAAAGAGGAGAAGUGUACAACAGUAGAGGAGAAAAAGGUAGCACUUGACGAGAAGAAACUUGCAGAUGACAGUAAAAAGUUGAGAGAAUUGGAGCCAUUGAUCACAGAAGAGGAACAAGUGACAGAGAAAGAGUUGGCUAAUGAUCUGAUGAACAACAAAAGAACUAGCCCAGUGGAAGCCAUUCCAUCCCUAAGAAAUUCUAGGAGAGUAACAUCAAGCUCGUGGGUGAACUAUGUAGAGUGUAAUAAUGACACCCGUGUUGUUGCUAAGGAAGAGCGCAGCUCAGUUUCAUUACCAAAGAGUAGGAGGGAAACUUCCUCAACACGAAGUAGAAGAAAAGCAGAAACUGAGGAGAAAGAGGAAGAGAACCGAAGGGAAAGCUUGACAAGAAGUAGAAGAAGAAUAGAUCCUGAAGAAAAUGAGGAGAGUCAUAAGGAACAUUUUUCAAGAAGUAGAAAAAGAUCAGAACCUGGAGAAUGCGAAGAUGAAAAUCGAAGAGAUUCAUCAGUUAAGAAAAGAAAAGCAGAUGUUGAAGAGGGCGAAGAAGAUUGUCACAAGGAAACGCCACCUAGAAUAAGAAGAACAGAAGUUAACGAAUGCGAAAAGGAGACUCGUAGGGAACCCUCUGCUAGAAGGAGAAGAAAAGUAGAAGCUGAAGAAAGUGAAGAAGAAAACAAGGAACCCUCAACCAGAAGAAGUAGAAGAAAAGCAGAAGCUGAAGAAAAAGAGGAAGAAAACAGAAGAAAAAUUGAAUUACAUGAAGCAGAAGAAAAGUCUACAACAAACUCGAGGGAAUCAUCACGAACAAGAAGAAAACAAGAUCCAGGUGGAGGGGAUCAACGAAAAGAACCUCAAGAGUUGCACACAGAGGAAUCGGAAAGGUCUCACAGGCUCAGAAACAAAGGUCAAAUUAAUUCUAGUAGGAACAGUAGCAGUAGCAGGGAGGUCAGGAGAAGGAAACACUCUGAGAUUGAAGAUGAGGAAGAGAGAACACCAGAGAUAAACAAUAGAUGUAGAAGUGCGAGACUAAAGUUACAAGAGGCAGAAGAUUGUCUCAGUUCUCGGAGUAAGAGGCUCAAGAAGAACGAGGAAGGGGACAGAAUAACCAGAAGAAGAGAAGAAUUAGAUAAGGAAGCAAGACAUGACGAGGUACAAGAAGACACCACGAGGAUUAGGAAAUCAAAGCGUAUUGAAGAACAGCCCGAGCCGUUUAAUCUGAGACCCAAGAAACCCCGACCUAGUCGACACUUAGAGGGAGCUGCAGCAGGACUCAGGACCAAUGUGUCGAGUGGAUCCACCAUUGAACACGAGCAGGAGGAAGAGAAAGAUCAAGAGGAAGAAGUGGAUAAAGAGGAGGAAGAUGGCGUGGACAACACGGACUUGGAAAUGCCACACCUCGAGCCUAUGGUUGACAUUGAGAAGCGAACAGACGCUCCUCAACCUGAACAGUCACCAGAAAAUAAGAAAAAUGAGGAGGAUGCCAACUCAGAAACCUUACCAGAUACCAAAGUAGAGAACAAGGCAACUCCAGAUCCAGACGAUAAAAUAAAUGAGAGCGAGCAGCCCUCGCUUGUCAGAAAGAGAGGCUGGCCGAAAGGUGUGCCUCGGGGCCCGAAGAACACGAGCCGUGGCAGGGGCCGAGGCCCAAGUAGACCAUCUGGAAGGGGACGAGGGAGGCGAUGGUUUAAAGAAGACAAAAAGCCUCCUGCAGUGGAUGCUGCUGACCUGCAAGAAAGUUUGCAUGAGGAUUCUGAGAAGCUGAGUACAUCAGCAGAAAACCUGUUGGUGACAGAAAACCACCUGGAUGCAACAGAGAAUCAUAUGGCCCCAUCAGAAGACUGGAUGGAUGCACCAGAUGACCAAAUGGAAGUGACCGAAAACAAGUUGAAUACAACAGAAAAUGUGCUGGAAUCGAGAGAGGAGGUGGAGAACCAGCUGGGCGUGACAGAGAGCCAUUUGGAAAAGACUGAGAACCGAAUGGAUAAAGUAGAAUCCAUUCAGGAAAGUAAACUUCAGAAUGAGGAAGCUAACAAAGUUUUUCACAAUGGUGAGAAUAGUACUGUGGUGGGGGAAAAUAAAAAUGAAGAAAAGAUUCAAGAAAGGGAAGUGCGUGAGGAAAAUUGUGCGGUGGAAAAUGAUAAGACUAUAAAUGACAUCAGCAGUGAUGAAGUAGUGCACAAGGAUAGUGAUGAAGUACUAAACAAGAGUAGUGGUGAAAUAGUGAACAAGAGUAGUGAUGAAGUAGUGAACAAGAGCAGUGAUGAAAUAGUGCACAAGGGUAGUGAUGUAGUGAACAAGAGUAGUGAUGAAGUAGUGAACAAGAGCAGUGGUGAUGUAGUGAACAAUAAUGAUGAAGCAGUGCAAAACAUAACACAUUCUGAUAGUGAGAUGGAGGUAGUUAAAGAAUGUGGUAUUGCCUCUGAAUCAGAAAGUAAACAUUUAGAUACAAGUGAUAGAAAAGAUACAGAAAGACAGAAUGAUGAAAUGGAGGUGGAGAAAGAGAAUCAUGACCCUGCUAAGGAAGUGGUAAUUGAGAAAGAAGCAGGUAGUGAUGCAGAACAGGAACUGAGUGAAGCAGACAAAGCUGUAGCCAGCAUUAUAAAUGGAACUUGUGAGGGUGUCCCCAAUGGAGAUUGUCUGGAGCAUGAAACUUACAACAGUCCACCCCCAGUAGAAGUUCAUGAAGUUGUAGAAUGUAAAGUAGGAGAUGGUAGAGUAGAUGAAGCAUAUCAGGAAGAAGUCACAAAAGCUGUUGAGAGUAUUUGGGGAGGAACAGAGGAACGAGAUCCCACAUUGAUUGAGGAUACCAGACCACCCGAGAUCAUUGAGGAACCCAAGGUUCUCGGUCCUGCCCUGCCACAAUUAAAUGUGUCGUUAAUUCCACAUCCUUCCCCAGUCAUUCCUCCCUGUUCCUCCUUACAGUCAGCUGAAAUAAUUCCUCCAAGUCCUACUAAUUCUUUAGAGCAUUCUAGGUCUCCAGUAUCCUCUGUUCCUCCCUCUCCCAUCCCCAGUUCUCCACCUCCAGCACCAGCGCCUCCAUCACCCACACCUUCCCCUGUGCCAUCAUUACUUCCAUCUGACUCUCCACUAGAGCCACCCUGUGCUCCUGCUCCAGUUACUCCCACUUCUCCUCAGUCCUUAGCAUCUCCAGCUUCACCGUCCUCAAUUGGAUCUCCUGCUUCACUGCACUCGCCUUCCUCUCCAAUCCCAGAAAUUGCAGAUGAACCAGUAAGACCAGCCUCACCCUCACCAAUAGGCCUCUCCCCUCGGCCAGUUGGCUUAGAGAACAGUCAAUCUUCGUGUCACUUGCCGGUAGUUGGGGAAACUGUACCUGUCUCUGAAACUCCUAUACUAUCAUCAGUAUCUAGUCACCAUAGCCAAGAGAAGCAAGAUAGUAAAGAUCAGCAUUGUGAGCCUGUGAUAGAAGAUUUGCAACAUCAGCAACAAGAACAAGCCAAGGAGUGUUCUGAGGAAGGUGAAGGUCAUGCAAGUGAGUCCAGGGUGCAGGCCACAGUUCCUGGAGUACAGGACACACUCAGUGCUGCUGGUCAUCAGGAAGAGAACUUGCCUUCACAAAUGGAACAAACGUUUGAACCCAUUGACGAGCCAAAGAUAGAUAAUCAUCUAACAGGACAAGAGGCUGCACACACACAUGACCUUGCAUUAGAUGUUGAAGAUGGACCUAAAGCAUUAAAUUCUUCAGCAGGGAACACAUCACCCUCAUCUUGUGGUUCGACCAAUACCACAUCUGUGAUCACCCGCCAAGCACCUACUCCUACUCCACCACACCAACAAGAUGUUAGCAGCAUGGGUGUGUAUACACCAGAUUCCACCACAAAUUCUGUGCAUUCAAUGCAUGGAUAUUCACAGGGUGAAUUUGAUGUAUCACAGCUUGGUAUUGAAUCCCCAACAUCCAUAUCAAGUAAUGAAAUGGCUCAUUCUGUGGAAGCACCUCAGCAAGCAUCAACACCACAGAGCUAUAGUGAUUGUGCACAAAUAUCCAGUCAAGUCCAACCUCCAACACCCACCCAUGUACAGCCCACCACCCCAACCCAUGUGCAGCCCACUACCCCAACUCAUACACAACCUACUACUCCAACUCCUCCACACAUAGCAAGGACCACUCCAACCCCCACCCCUAUACUUCCACAGCCAAUUCCACAGCCUCAACCUCAGCCGCAGGCAAUUAUUACACAGGCUGCGGCUCAAACUGUUCCUACAAUUGGGGUAGUAACGUUGCCCCAUACACAUUCACAUCAAGCACCAGCUAAGCACCAACCAUCCAAACAACGGCAUAUACAGCCUAAACCCCCUUCCCAACCACAAACACAGGUGACUUCUGCUGGCUCCCGGCCACCAUCCAACCUUAGCACUCAGCUGUCUCCUCAGUCUGUUGCAGCCAUGCAUGUAUCCAGUCAAGUUAAUGCAAUGACUCAACGAAUGGUAGCAUCCACUUCUCACCCACCCUCAGGUCUAGGUCAGCACCACCCUAUGUCCUACCACCCUCAUGGUGCCCACACUCCACACCCUCCACGCACUCCUCAUGUAACACACACACAUUCACAAAUGCAAAACUUUGGUCAUCAUCCAAAUUAUAUGAUGGGGCCACAUCAGCAAAUGUUAGGGCAUCAUGGGUCAAUGAUCAGUCAGGGUUAUCUUCCACAGCCAUCUGUGACUACAUAUGCUCAGGCACACACGCCUGCUCAUUCAUCUUCAUAUAUGACUUCAGUUAUACAGUCACGUAUGGGGGGACCAAGCACUCCUCAGCAGGGUACAAACCAUAACUCCUCAGCCUCAGCCCAACGCUCUGGUCAAAAUUCUUCCUCUGCCUCGUCUUCUCAACGUUCUACCCAUGCGGCAAGUGCUUCUAGUGUAUGUGGACCUUCAGGAGCCAAUUACCACUUUCUAAAUUCCAGCCCUCCAGGACCAUCUCCCACCCCAACUCCAAUGGCUAAUGAGCAGCAUCACCCAGGAGGAGCUCAAGGAAGUGCUUCAUCGUGUAGUAUAGCACGGUUGCAGCAGCUUACAAAUGGGAUUAUGGAUAUUGUGCCACCACCCCCAUGUGCAGGUGUAACUCCUCCACCACACACAGUGACACCUCCCCCAUCUCACACCGUUACUCCACCACCCGCCGUCACUGCAGCUGCUGCUGCUGCCCAACGUAAUAUGACACCACCCAUCUCAAACUUACAGUCCCAGGUGCCAUUGUCUUAUAAAUAUAAAUCACACCAGGCAGCAGCAGCAGCUCAGAUGUCCUCCAAUAUGAUGGCCCCAGCUAUGUUGGGUUACCAAGUGAAUGGUUACCGAAUGCCGGGCCAACCGGGGGGUAUGUCGCCCCUCAACACAUCGUACCUGACCAACCCUUCAUUUAUGAAUCAGCAGCUGCCCAUGCAGAUGAUGAAUAUGCACCCCCAGGCUGCUGGCCAGUACCAGGACCCACGUUCCCAGCCCCAGAACACCAUGUACCCACCAUAUUCUUACAUGCCGCCACUACAGCUCAAUGGCACCAUGCGUCGAUAGUCCCAACACUCAAAUCUCAGUAUUUUCAUUAUGGUGCUUAUUAAUGAGUAGCAACUGUCAGCGCAAGUGCAAUGUUGGUGUUGGCUGUGCUGAAUGCAGUUACAGAAAGUAUGACUUAUGCAAGACUAGGCAAUAUUUUGACUAGUGAAAUAAGGUGUGUCAGGGUAUGUGAUCAAGUGGAACAACACAAACUUUUUGUGUGUUGUGAAGAACCCUGAUAUCCAUAUUGCUUGAAUUACACAAAGAUUUUUUUAGUGAAAACUCAUAUUUUUGGGCCUGUUGUGAGAGCUAUAUUUUAGAUACUUAUUUAUGGUGUUUAUACAUGGUUUAAGAAAUGAUGCUAUAACUAAUUUACUUUUACUUGGCAACUUUGAUGGUCAAGUUAAUAAUUUAGAGACUCCAUGCUGUGUGGAGAAACAUUAGUGAGCAAAAUAAUGUUGAUAUCUGUAUUUUGGCAUGAACCUGGUGUUCUGAGUUCAGUUUAAUGGACUUGGGGUGAAGCCUGAUUUUCAUCUAAGUACAAAGUGAUCUUAAAUAAUCGAUUAAUUGACUGAGAAGUGUGCUUAAUUGUUAUAGGGCAGUGUAAUCUAAGUUUAUUUUAGUGAUGAAAGAAGUCUUAGUCUUUUACGUUGUGAUACUGAGCUUGGUGUGAGGCCAAUGUCAGCAUAAUGUUUUAAUGAUGGCAGGAAUGGGGGCAUGCAGAGCCCCAUUUCCCAGUGGAUAAUCAUAUCUCUUGAGUAUUAAUGUACAACAUGUCAGUCUGGUAAGUCGGUUUGGAUCUGGCUUUAGAGGGAAAUGAAGUCAUCUUUUGUGGUUUUGUAUCCAGUUGUAGAGGCUUUUUUGUUUGUAUUUAUUGUGGCAUAAACCGUGUAAAGUAAACCAUUGGUGGAGCACUGUAGAGUGGCUCUCCAGUUCUGCAUUUUCUUUUCUUUUUUUUCUCUUGUCCUUUUUAUACACUGUAGAUUUUGAAUUUCCAGUCUUUCAUAGGGAAACAUUAUUUUAAUAUACUAUUUCUUUCCUCAUUGGUAUUGAGAGCUUUAGUUAUGAUUCUGGGAAUAUGUUCAUAGAGUAUAAGGAUGUGUUUCCCAGUUUUAUUUUUUCCUUUUUUUUUUCCUAGAUGAGAGUUUAAUUAUUUGACCAUUGAUUAUAAACCAUUUUCUUUUAGUCAUAUUUAAUUUUGCAAUAUAUGGUCAGUUCAGCCUCGAGAUAUUAUUGAUUAUUUUCAGUAAGAAUUGAGGAUUUAUAUUUUUAAGUUUUGUACACUGGCUAGGCAUUAUUGACGUGGAACGAGAAUCCUCAUCAGUUAUAUUGAUUUUUUUCCCGAGUCCCAAGGAAAGAUGCAAUAUUGGUCUUGAAGUGUUGCCCCAACCAUGUGCAUUUAGUAGGCCACUUGCUAAAAUAAAACUAUCAAGUUGUGCUCUUACAGAUUGGGACUGUCAUAUCCUAUUAGUGAUACACUCCACAUGUUUAAAAAUCCUUUAAUGUUUUAAAGUAUAGCCAGCAGGGCAUUGUGUGGGCUGGUGAUUCUGUGAAGGGGUAGCGUCCAAUGGCGGAUCAUCUGGCAGACCAGGGCAGCAUUUUAUCUGAUUAUGAUCACCUAUAAGAUCUUGUAACUAAGCUGUACAUUUCUGCUUUUUAAAAUGUUAAAUAAAAUACUUUAUUUAAAUGUA